AUGAAUACCACUCUUCCAUCAUGGAAGGAUCGGACGCAAAACCAGUUCGGCAAGCUCCAGAUCCAAGUCCCAUGGCGCUCUAUACAGCUUCUUGUCCCGCAUCGCAUGCGACGAAAGAUCCGGUCCAAGUUGCGCAGUCGGAUUUCACCUGCUUCCUCGAUAUCGUCCUUGCAGACCUCCUUCUCUCCCAUGGAUACACUCCGACAGCUGCAAUGCCAUCGUUGGACUCUCUAUGACUUCCAAUAUCUUCUGCUGCUCAUAGUUGGCAUUUUCUCUCUGAGUGUGAUGGAAUCGCCCGGCCCAUUGGCAAAAACCGCCGCGUUUACUCUACUUCUCAUCUCUCUUCUCCUUCCUAUCACCCGCCAAUUCUUCCUGCCUUUCCUCCCAAUCGCUGGGUGGCUCAUCUUCUUCUAUGCUUGCCAGUUCGUCCCAAGCGAUUGGCGCCCCGCGAUCUGGGUCCGCGUACUUCCGGCCUUGGAAAACAUCCUCUACGGUGCCAACAUCAGUAACAUCCUGUCCGCUCACCAAAAUGUAGUGCUCGACGUUUUGGCAUGGCUCCCUUAUGGAAUAUGCCAUUAUGGCGCUCCUUUUGUGUGCUCAGCAAUCAUGUUCAUUUUCGGACCUCCCGGAACUACUCCCCUUUUCGCUCGGACCUUCGGUUAUAUCAGCAUGUUUGCAGUUACCGUCCAGCUGGUGUUCCCUUGCUCUCCGCCCUGGUACGAGAACCUGUACGGCUUGGCUCCAGCCGACUACUCCAUGCCAGGAAAUCCUGCCGGUCUCGCUCGUAUUGACAAGCUCUUUGGAAUUGACUUGUACACAUCGGGUUUCAAACAAUCACCCGUUGUCUUCGGUGCAUUCCCUUCCUUGCAUGCGGCGGAUUCGACCCUCGCCGCGCUCUUCAUGAGCCAAGUGUUCCCUCGGUUGAAGCCCUUGUUCGUUACCUACACUCUCUGGAUGUGGUGGGCUACAAUGUAUCUGUCUCAUCACUAUGCGGUCGAUCUUGUCGGCGGUGGUCUCUUGGCCACUGUUGCCUUCUACUUUGCCAAGACUCGAUUCAUGCCUCGCGUCCAGAAGGAUAAGAUGUUCCGCUGGGAAUACGACUACGUCGAAUACGGCGAUUCGGCUCCGGAUUAUGGCUACGGAUUGGCCAGCUUCGAAGGAGACUUCAACCUUGACAGCGACGAGUGGACCGUGGGAUCUUCGUCAUCAAUCUCAUCCGGCUCCCUGAGCCCCGUUGACGACCACUACUCUUGGGAGGGCGAGACCCUUGCAUCUCCCGCCACGGACAUUGAGUCCGGAAGACAUUUUUGA